AUGACGCCGAACGCUUCAUUUCCGCAGAGCGGGUCAUGGAACAUGCUCGAUAUCGCGAAGAUUCCUGUCAAUCUGACUUUCGGCGCGCUUGCCAGGUACAGUGCGGCACGCGUCAACCCAUAUGCCGCCAUGGUCGGGGAAGGCUUGUACCAAAAUUUUCAGCUGACGAUGAAAUCUCGAAAAGACAUUGAAAGAGCCGUCAACGAGCUAAAAGUUGUUGGUACUCUGGGCGACACCCUGGAGAUUGGUUUCGGCAUCGAGGAUGUGGUGCGGCUUAUGGCCAAGUCAGAAAGGGGCUGUGUAUGCCUUGCUCUCUGUGCCGCUCUCAAAGAGUGCUACUCAGAUGACAUGGCAGCAGAGAUACUGCUGGAGAUGGCGAGACUAGUCAACAUCGAUGGCCAGUACAUGCCAUCGAGUCAAUCGUGGAAGGAUCUGCUCAAUGCGUGCGCCGGCACCUUGUCCACAUCCAGAUUUCCAAAAUUGGCAGAGCAUCUCAUGCAGUCAGCAAACGAUGAUCACCGUUUAGGGGCCUACGGAGGUUAUGAUGCAAGCCCCACGCGAUCACGAACCUGCUCCAGUCCAAAAAACAUAGUUGCUGCUCUCUCGGAGCUAUCUCAAGUGUCACGCAAUGUUUUGAAAUCAGUCACCAUUGUAGGGGGCUCCGACGCUGCCUGGCUUGCGGCACUUGCUGAAUUUCUACUGGGUCUUAGUGUCAGAUUGACAACAACUGAAGGGACGCUUCUCUACCGAAAUCGCGAUGAUGAGGAUUUCCAAGUAGAGGUUGUUCUGGACAUCUCUCCGGGCACUGAAGGCGACCCGAUCCUGGCAUUGACCGGCAGGACGGUAAUCCUGGAAGAUGUGACAAAACUUUUUGAAGAAGAGGGCAGAAGUCCUGACGCAGCCGUGGUGUCUGGUCGGGUGGAGUGGAAGGACGUCCUGAGCCGCUCCUUCUUGUCCGAAUUCAACAAUCUCUUGGAGAUUGGCGCUACUGUCGGUGAGUGUAUCGGGAGUGCGGCACGCCUUUUCAAAGGUCUUGCCAAUGCUGAGGACAUGUUUCGAGCUAAGUAUCGCCUUGCUUGUACGAGCUACUGUGACAGCGCAUAUGGAAUUGGAUUUGUGGACAACACUAUUCGCUGGUUUCCAGAGCUACGCAAACUGAGGCAUCACAUGCAAGCCGCUGCAAAAGCGCCCCUCACCGAGGCCAGGAAUAAGUAUGAACUCUGCAUCAGUCUGGUCAGACAACACUGCAGUUGCCUCACAUGCCAGUCUGUCGCACCAGGCCCGACAGAGCACUCCGAGCACGACAUCGAGGAUGACGAGAUGGCAGACGAAGACACAAAUGAAAGCAGCACAAAUCUCGACACGGAAGGUGACUGGGAUCCAGAUCACUUUUGUGAAGUUGUGAUCCUCGAAACCAUAAUGUUCCUUUCUCGGGCGCUCUCAAAUGUAGUCCUUGAGAAUGACUCACUUCUUCCGGGGCGCAGUGGUAUGGAAUAUGCAUACGGCAGACACUUGAAUCAAAGACGCGCCGCAAAUCUUGGACACACGGCGCUCGAGGAGAUUGGGCCAAUUGCCUUCUGUCUGGACUUUGACGACAAUUUCUCUUUCGGUACCCUUCCAGGCAAUGAAGAGGGAGUCGAAAUCAGAUUACAAACUAUCCUUGAGAUCUUCUCUGGAAGACUUGCUCUUCAACGAACUCCAAUUUCUCUGCGCUUUGUGUCAAUGGCAUCUGCGCAUUUCUGGGAGUUUUGA